CCUACAUUAGCUGCGGCUGCACGGCGAAGUUGUUGGUUCACCACAUCAUCAUGGCGAAGCCCUCGAAACAGGAAAAGCGGAAGCGCCAAGAAGCUGAGGAAGCAGAGGAGGAAGACCACCAUCAUGAUGAAGAAUCCCCGAAAGCUGCCGAUUCGACGCCGGCACCCAAGAUUGAACCACUUGUCGUCCAGGGGCGGGAACUGAAAGAAGGCGAACCCGGCACGCUGACAGGUCGACCCCUCCGUCUCUUUGCCGACGGCAUCUUCGACUUGUUUCACUUUGGACAUGCGCGAGCGUUGCAGCAAUGCAAGCAAGCGUACCCGAACGUCCAUCUCUUGGUGGGGGUGUGCAGCGACGAAGUGACGCAUCGGCUGAAGGGCCAAACAGUCAUGACCGAAGACGAGAGAUACGAGUCUGUCCGCCAUUGUAAAUGGGUCGACGAAGUGAUUGAAGGCUCGCCAUGGGUGCUCACUGAAGAAUUUCUCGACGAGCACAACAUUGACUUUGUCUGCCACGAUGCGAUUCCCUACACGGACACGAGCGGUACCGCCGGCGACUCGGGCGACGUGUACGGCCACAUCAAAGCCAUCGGCAAAUUCCACGAAACAACUCGUACCGAAGGCAUCUCGACGAGCGACUUGAUCAUCCGCAUCAUUAGCGAAUACGACACGUUCAUCCGUCGCAAUUUGAAGCGCGGGUACUCUGGGAAAGAAAUGAAUGUUCCGUUCCUCAAGGAGAAAGCAAUCCAGAUCGACAUGGCGAUGGACAAAGUCAAGCAUGACAUCGACGUCGUCGUGCACAACUUUCUUGGAAAGGCCGAAGAUGCGCAGCAUUCGUUCCUCAACAUGUUCUCCAAGGAAGGCGCGCUCCGCACCGGCCUCCGCAAGCGCCGAAAGAUCCUGCAGGACAGUCUCAAGGACAUGGCGCGUGAAGGCCUGUGCUAAGUCACAUCAUCGCCACUCGUUGCAUAGUUUCAUAAGCGCUGCCUUACUACUACACCUUUAGCUGUCGAAAAUGGCGCAAUGUCGUACUGAGAGAAAAAUGCCUGAGCAUGCUCCCGUCCCCAUCCUCUU